AUGCAAACCAGGGUAGAGGUCCUGCAUGAUGUGCGUCAAAUUUGCUCCAAGGAAACCAGAGAACUACGCAAAUACCCCAUGGCAUUGGCGUUGAUCCCAAGUAUGCGCCGCGCGCAGAUUGAAGUAGCAUUCGCUCAACAGUUCAUGGGUGUUGGCCGCUCCCAGCUUCCUCAAGCAGUAAAUGCACUCGCCGGCGCAUAUAGAGCUGUGACAAUUACGCACCAGACGCAUCGAUGGGUAGGCAACGGGCUCGGAGCUUGUGAGGUGUUGAUGGCAAAUGGCCUGGUGAGGCGUGAGCAACGAGAAGCAGCACCAGACGAACUGGUUGACGACGUCUGGUUUGAAUUCUUGCCACAGCGUUAG